GACUUGGCUAUUCAUCGACCAUGGAAGGAACCCACACUUGAGCUUUUCGUGGCACGACCUCUCUUUAAUAUAAUAUUAUGGGAUGCUUCAAAUCAAAACCAAAGAAUCCUGAGGUGAGACCCGCAUAUGGCCCCGCGAAGUACCCGCAACAAACCGGUAUGCAGUACCCGCCACCCUCACAAUACCCGCCCACAGCCGGAUAUCCAGUUCAAGGCGGUUAUCCGCCUCAACAACUUUACUAUGGAACCUGUUAUCCGGUUUCAUACGGUUACGCACCCGGUUACCCGCCUCCACCUCCGCCCGGUCCAGUCCAACAGAGUCGGGGCGGGGGUUUAUUCGGUUCUCCCAUGAUGGGAGCGUUCGGAGGGGCGCUUGCCGGGGCAGCUAUCGGAAAUGUGGUCGGAGAUGUGGUGGACGGUAUGGACUGUGAUGAUGGCGGUGGAUUAUUUUAGUCGAGAACCGGUUAUCCGGAGACGAAUCAACAGCAUCCCAGCACAUCUACCCAUUACGUAUGCGGGACGAGACCGACAGACAGACACUUCUCCAACUCAGCAAGACGUUUUUAUAUAUAACAAAUGGCGUCACCAGCACGUCCACGGUUUUAACCUUUGAAAUAUUAUUAUGGGUGGUUAGUGGGUGCUCGGGCAGUGUUUUUUCCUUUCCUAUCAAACAUCUAUAGCCU